AUGGUGCAUAGAGCACACCCCAUAGGGAGAAGAGACGGGUAAAUAAGUGCAGCUCUGCUCCUCCUGAUCCGUCACCAAACAACUCAUUAAUGAUCUCGGCGACAUCCAGCAGAGCAGAGAUGAUCACUCAAAGUAAACAGAUCAGCACGGAAAAUAUUGAAGACACUGAAUUGGAAAAAGAAAAUCUUGAUAAAAACUCGGGAAGUCUGGGAUGUUUUGGCUGGUUGCUGGUGAUCAUAUCCCUCAUCUUUAUAGGCGUAACCUUCCCCAUCACAAUAUUUAUGUGUGUCAAGAUAGUUAACGAGUAUGAGCGAGCAGUCAUUUUUAGACUCGGCCGGAUCACGGACAGGAAACCUAAAGGCCCAGGACUUUUUUUCGUUCUGCCCUGUACUGACAACUUUGUGAAAGUUGAUCUGAGGACUAUAUCGUUUGAUAUUCCUCCACAAGAGAUUCUAACCAGAGACUCAGUGACAGUGUCCGUGGAUGGUGUGGUGUAUUUCCGCAUACAUUGCCCCAUCUCCUCUGUGGCCAAUGUGUCCAAUGCACACUCGUCCACGCGGCUGCUGGCUCAAACCACCCUGAGGAACGUGCUGGGAACUAAAAACCUUGCAGAGCUUCUGUCGGACAGAGAGGGCAUUUCACUCAGUAUGCAGGAAGCUCUGGAUGAAGCUACGGAUCCGUGGGGCAUCAAGGUCGAGCGCGUAGAGAUCAAGGACGUGAAGCUGCCUCAGCAGCUGCAGCGAGCCAUGGCGGCGGAGGCAGAGGCCAGCAGGGAGGCCAGGGCUAAGAUUAUAGCUGCAGAGGGAGAGAUGAACGCCUCCAGGGCUCUGAAAGAAGCCUCUCUGGUGAUCGCUGAGUCACCCUCUGGCCUCCAGCUGCGUUACCUGCAGACUCUCAACGCCAUCGCAGCAGAGAAGAACUCCACCAUCAUCUUCCCACUGCCCAUAGACAUGCUGCAGAGCUUCAUGCACAAGAAGUGAAUAAUGUCAGAAUAAGUAGAGUAAAUGUAGUCAGUUACUACUGUUAGGAAAGCGGCAUCUCGGUGUGUUUACUAACCAUAAAAGAUUUGACAGUUUUACUGAGAA